AUGUCUACAUCUCAAAAAGGUAGAUGUCCGGGCCAGAGUAAUAAUAUUGGAACCCUUCGUACAGGAGCGAAAGAUACCGUUGCGAGAUCAGAGACUAGAGCACCUGCUCGAACAUAUGCCAUCAGUGCCAGAGAGGAAGCUACCGCGCUUAAUGUGAUUGCUAGUACAUUUUAUCUCUUUGAUGUUACAAUAUAUGCACUAAUUGACCCUGGGUCAACUUAUUCUUAUAUUUUCACUACAUUAGUUACGGGAAAGAAACUACCUAUUAAAUCAACUGAAUAUGAUAUUCAAGUUACUAAUCCACUAGGUCAAAGUGUGAUAGUUAACUUAGUUUGUCGUAAAUGUCCAUUGAAAAUUAAAGGCUGUGAAUUCCUUAUUGAUUUGAUGUUAUUACCCUUUUGGGAAUAUGAUGUUAUUUUGGGUAUGGAUUGGUUAUCACUACAUGAUGCUGUGGUAAAUUCUAGACAGAAACAAAUUGAUUUGAAAUGCCUGACAAGAGAAGUGAUUUCAGUUGAAGCUGACAGACCGAUCAGUAUCGCUAGAAUCAUUUCAACUAUUCCUGCACACAGAUUGAUAGUAAAUGUAAUGAGGCAUUUCUAG